AUCAAAGAAGAAAAAUAAGUUUCGUUUCAUAGCCAGUGCUUUGGGACGGACAUUUUCCACAACUAUCUUGCGCUCUAGUCUACUUUGAGCCACGAAGGCAACAUUUGUGAAGCCAGCCUAAAAGGAAUUGGCAACGUUUUUUCGAGAUUAUUAUUCCUCAAUGGCCUCCAUCGUGCCUUCAUUGGAUUUGGAAAGAGAAAUGCAGCUGAUGAAGCUUUUUCCAGAACCUAUCCGGCUUCACAUGCUCUACAAGGGAACUCACCAUGGAUUUCAAUUGACAACCAUAUUCUCCAAAUUCGACAAAGUUGGAAAAUAUAUACUUUUGGUGUAUUUAAAGUCAGGGUCGGUAAGAGGGGGCUACCUAAGCAAACCUCCUAAAGCGAAACAAGAGGAUGGAGAUGCAUUUCUCUUUGCGCUAAAACCGCAUAGUGCAUCCAAAUAUUCACCACAGGAUUGUUCUAAUGCAGUAGUUUGUAGGUCAGACAUGUUAUCAUUUGGUGGGUGCCUAACAUUGUAUAUGAUUCAUGACACUUCCCUGAAGUUAGACAUUGCGUCUAAUGAGUAUUACACACGAACUGAGUGGGCUGAAGGAAAACAUACAGCAUUUGUGGAGGUGGAAUUGCAUCGUGUUCAAGAUGCUGGGAGUGUGCUGCUUACCGGCCCUUGGAGGAUCCUGGCAUGGACUGAGAAGGACAGGGAUGCUCUGAAGGAGAAUCUGGUCUCCUUCAAACCAGCCUGCCAGUCUCUGAAGCGGGUCAGGGUUCUGCUGCUGGGUCCUGCUGGGUCAGGAAAAUCCAGCUUUAUUAACUCUGUCAGAUCUGUGAUGUAUGGGCGAGUUGUUCUGCUGCCCAAUAUUGGCAUUUCUGCUGAGGGCUUUACCAAGAGGCUCAAAUGCUAUGACAUCCGGUCAGAGAGAGGGGAGAAGCCCACAGCACUGACCCUGUGUGAUGUGUUGGCUCUGGGGGACGGCGAGACGACUGGCCUGACCCUCCCAGACGCACUGGCUGUCAUCAACGGCCACGCCCCCAAGGGACACAAGUUUCAAAGUGAAGCCCCCAUUGAUGCCAAGUGUGCCGGCUACAGACCUGAGCCAUCGAUGAAUGAUAAAAUCCAUUGUGCGGUGUUUGUGCUGGAUGCCUGCCAAGUGUUAGCCUACAGUGAGGGCCAGCAAACUACAAUGAGGAGAUUCCAUUCUGAGCUGUCAGACCUUGACAUCCCCCAGGUGGUUCUGUUGACCCAUGUGGACCAAGUGUGCCAUGCCGUCCAAGAGGAUGUGAAGUUUGUUUACACCGGCCGCAUCCUAUUGGAGAAGAUGCAGAAAGCAGCAGAGGUGGUGGGGUUGUCUGUGUCCCAUGUGUUUCCGGUGAAGAACUACUCCAGCGAGUUGUCUGUGAGCUGCAACACUGACAUCCUGCUGCUGAAUGCAGUUCAUCACAUUCUUCAAGCCGUGGAUGACACGUUUGAAGAUUACUGCCCACCAUCUCCCUCUCCUUUAUCUACUGGUCCCCAGCAUUCCACCUCAACUCCAGUCACUGUUUAGAAUGUGUUCCAAGUAGGCUAGUGUGUGUGGCCAGUCAAUGUCAAAAAUGAGUAACACCUUUUUCACAUUUUUACCUCACUGACAUGGUGCAAAUGCAUCACUCAACACCAUAUGUAUUUGGAGUGUGAAGCGAACAUUUAAAAUGUGGCUCUAUAUUCAAACAUUUUAAUUUGAGAUCAAAUGUUUCAUGUGUCCUCUUUUAUUUGAGGGUAUUUUCAUAUCUCUUUUACCAUUUAUAAAUGAAAGCACUUUUAUGUAUAUCGUCCCUCCAUUUUGAAGUCCUAUGUAUUUGACCAAAUUCACUUAAUUAAGAAAUGUUAAGAAACACUCAAAAAAUGCCUCCAGUCAUCAUUCACCAUUCAGUUCCUAUUGGACAAAACGUUUGCAUCGAAGGAAUUUGUAGCAUCACAAGCUUGAUGUCAUUUCGUGCUAGGAAUAUGGGACCAAAUACUGAACUUUUGACUAUUUUAAUGCAUUAUUAUUGAAAUCGUCACAAUGCUUAUGACUUCUAAUAAUUUGACAAAGGAGAGUGAUGGAGUGCUGCGUCAGAUGACCUGACCUCAACCCAAUUGAGAUGAUUUAAAAUGAGUUGGACUGCAGAGUGAAGGAAAUGCAGGCAACACGUGCUCAGCAUAUGUGGGAUCUCAUUCAAGACUGUUGGAAAAGCAUUCCAGGUCAAGCUGGUUGAGAGAACGCAAAGCUGUCAUCAAGGCAAAGGGCGGCUACUUUGAAAAAUAUCAAAUAUAUAUUUUUUGUUACAUUAUUUCAUAGUUGUGAUGUCUUCUAUUAUUCUACAAUGUAAAAAAAAAAAAAAAAAACCUGGAACGAAUAGGUGUCUAAACUUUUGACUGGUACUGUAUGUAUGAAAAUAUCUUAAAAUAAAAGGUGACAUUCUGUACUGUCACCUCAUAUGAAACAUUUUUAUUUCAAAUACAAAAUGCUGGAGCAGAGACAAAUUUAAAAAUGUAGCUUCUCUGUCCAAAUACAUAUGGUGUUGAGUGUACAAAACAUUUGGAACUCCUUCCUAAUAUUGAGUUGCACCUCCCCUUUUGCUCUCAGAACAGCCUCAAUUCGUCGGGGCAUGGACUCUACAAGUUGUCAAAAGCGUUCCACGUGGAUGCUGGUCCAUGUUGACUCCAAUGCUUCCCACAGUUGUGUCAAGUUGGCUGGAUGUCCUUUGGCUGGUGGACCAUUCUUAAAAACACACAGGAAACUGUUGAGCAUGAAAACUCAGCAGCGUUGCUGUUCUUGAUAGAAACCGGUGCGCCUGGCAUCUAAUAUUUUAUCUUGCCCAUUCACCCUCAAUGGCACACAUACACAAUCCUUCUUUAACCCGUCUCCUCCCAUUCAUCUACACUGAUUGAAGUGGAUUUAGCAAGUGACAUCAAUAAGGGAUCUUAGCUUUCACCUGGAUUCCUAAUGUUUUGUAUACUGUCUGCUUAAUCUUACAUUUUUCCCUUUUCAAAAUGUAAACAUUAUAUUAUGAUAAUUGCUUUAUCUAAUUAGUGCAAUAUAAUGCUGGGUUUUUCUUCCUCAGUCAUACUGUAAUUGGUAGUGGGAUCAAUUGGGUGAGGACAGGUAAUAGCUCCACCAACUGUUUGGGUUAAGGGUCAAAUCAGGAUUUGAUGCCCUAAUUUGUAUUUCCUGUGUUAAUAACAUGAACAACAUUAAAUUGUUGUGUUUUCUAUA